AUGGGUGCAAAAUCUGAACCUGAACUAAGCAAGGUUAGUUCUAAAAAUACUGUCGCUAACACGAUUGAUGUCCUUGAUAUUCGUGAACUACUGAAACCCAAAAUAUGGAAGAUCAAGCUUGCACGCAUACGUUCUCCGUACCAAGACUUGAUUGUCUCCCUCAAAGUAAAAAUUAAGAUUUACUUAACUCUGAAAAUGAUCAGGCCCCGAAAACCAGUCAUUUUACUUGCUUCUGUGGUCUGUAUUCUUGUGGUUUUUGGAAUUGUAAGCUCUCGAAAUGAGAAAUUAAAAGCAGAGAUACAAGAGGAGGCAAACCAUUUGCUUUAUCAAUGGGAAACUCUCGAAAAGACUUCCAAGUUUGUUCACAAGCAAAACUAUACAAGUGAAAUUUCACCCGAACCUUGUACUGUGAUAAAUCCCCUGACCAAUCAAUUUUUUGAUCUUCGACCUUUAGGUGCAUUGGGAAACGAUGGGCUGGUACAGGCAUGGAAUGCACGCGGCUACGAUUAUGGUCGAAACUUUUCCAUAGGUAUUUGUUCGACCCCAUUAAAACAGCCUCAAAGUCUUCCAGAGUCAGAUUUUGAAGGUGUCACAAAUAAAAGUGAGGUUGGUGGUUAUUAUACUGAUACAACAGGUCACAAAAAAUCCAUAGGACAGAUAUCAACGACUCCAAAAUUCAGAGGACGGAAGCUGGUUCUUGAAUACACAGACGGUAGUGUUUGUGAAGGCUUCAAAAAUGAUGGCUCACUAAAAAAGUCGACCAUUUUAUCGUUUGUUUGUGAUCGGGAGAUUAUGACAAAAGCAUCGAUCUCUUACGUGGGUUCCCUACAUGAUUGUUCCUACUUUUUUGAGGGCCGUCAAUCAGUUUCUCACUGGAAACGCAAUUCUUUCACAGCUGGAGUGAAAAACCUUGCUCAGAGGGAAUUAGUGCACAAUCAAUAUCGUGAUAAUGUGCCAGAAUUCAACAACUUUUUCAGCUCAUUUUCAGGAGAUGAAAACGAGUUGAUUGAUGCACUGGAUGCGCAACAGAAUGAAAACUAA